UGAGGGGCGUGGCCUGAAAACAAUUGUCCAGGCUGGACCAAUCUAUACCGGGGAGGUGCCUACCUGGGCCCAGGUGCGCUCCGCUCUUCGUCUGUCGGUGAUGAAGCGGGCCCAGGCGGCAUCGGAAGGAGACCAGGCCGAGUUCCCAAUGGAGCCCCUGGGGAGCCAGGUCGCGGAGCCGGAGCAGCUGCAGGUCCCCGCCGACGAACUACGGCUUGAGGGUCUCGAGAGCAGCCCGAAUCUGGUCCGAGCCGUAAAGAAGGCGGCGGGCGCGGGCCAGGACCUCGCCGGCGGGAAGCAGCAGCCCCCGGCCCGCCCGGCGCUCACGCGGCUGCCGCCAUCCAGCCUGGGCUACGGCGCCUUCCGCCGCCAGACGUCCGCGGACUCCGAGCCGCCGUCGCCCGGCCCUUCCGUGGCCGAGCGGCCCCAGGCCGGCGAGGCGCCGGGGGCCGAGCUGGUGUCGGGGGAGCAGCUGCCUGGCGCCUGGGCCCCGGUGGAAUUGCAGGUGGACGUGCGCGUGAAGUCCGUGGGCGCGGCCGGGAGCAGCCGCGCGCCCUCGCCGGCGCCCUCCACGCGCUUCCUCACCGUGCCGGUGCCCGAGUCCCCGGCCUCCUGCCGCCACGCCUUCCCCACCCACCCGCUCCUGCCGCGGACCCCAGCGCGGCCGGAGCGCGGCCUCGACGCCGAGGGCCGGGCCAGCCCCGCCGACGGGCGCGCGGAGCCCGCGGGCUCUCCCACCACGUGCGGCGGCCGCUGCAGGGAGCUGGGGCUGGAGAAGGAGGACGCGCUGCUGCCCCGCGCCGAGACGGACAGCGACGAGAAGCUGCCCCGGGCCAUAGAGAUCAUGGGGCUGCCUCUGUACAUGAAGUCCCUGCGCUGGGCCCUAGUGGUCAUGGCUGUGUUUCUGGCAGUGUCCGCGGUCACCAUUGUGGCCCUGGCUUCUAGAGUAGGGGCCACUUGCCAGCCGUGCCCCCCGGGCUGGAUGUGGUGUGAGGAGCAUUGCUACUACCUCUCUGCCGAGGCUCGGGCCUGGGAGGCCAGCCAGGCCUUCUGCUCGUCUCACCAUGCCACCCUCCCCCUGCUGGGCCACAUCCAGAGAGAAUCCCAAGCAGGCUCUUCACUUCAGUACAGGCCUCUUGUGCUAGUUGACUUAGCCGUGAUGUUUUCUUCCUCAAAUACUUCUGGAUUUGACUUGUUAAUAUUUUACUUAAGAUUCCACAUACAUAACAUUCUGUUUUCUUGGACUGUUCCUGCCCAGUCUUGACACAGAGCUGUUCUGUGCUGCACAACAGGGAAGGUGGUUCCUGCCUUCUUUCUCUCAGAGAGUUCCCUGGAGAUAGACAGAAAACCAUGCUGGAGAAAAUGUUUUACAGUGAACAUGAGUUAUUUCAUUACCAGGAAUAGCACUGACGUUUCAGAAAACAUGGAGAAAUGAGAAAGAUACAAUGUAGAUUGAAAACCAUCAAAUCUCAGUAUGGUAAAAAUAAAUAUACAAAGGAAAAACAGAAAGGAAAUAUGUAUAGUAAUAUCCUAAUUGUGGUUACCGCUGGGGGCAAGAUUACGAGUGAUUUUUUUUUUCUUCUUUAAAGUUUUAAUUUUUUCUAAUCUUCUAAAUGUUCUGUGAAUAAUGUGUGCUACGUAAUUAGGAGGAAAUGCUAGAGGGACAGUAGCCCUGUAAGCAGGAGGUCAGUAUUUAAGCGUUUUUGUCGGGGGCCUGCGCCAGACCUGAGUUCUUAUAUUUGUCAGAUAAGAACAUUCUCAGGCCCCUGGUUGCGUCUGCAAAAUGGAGGCCAGUGGGAAUGGAGGUGGGUCCCUAGAGAGUGGCUGGAGCUGGGGAGGGGACCCAGCUGGGCAGUGACCCACUGAGCACAGCAAGUGUCCUCGGAAAGCCUGUCCCUGCCCUCCAGCCUCUAAGCAGACGGGUUGAGUUCAGAAUGACCUCAGCCCUCUGAGCAAAAACUUCCCUGUGGCUGGUGGGUCCUCCAAGGGGGAGAUGAACUUCACCAAAUUGCAAGCUUCAGAUAAAGAAUUCUUUUAACUUUUUUUUAACAGUUUU